CACAGGAAACGCAUACUGGCCUCCCUGGGCGAGAGGUUACGACUCAUCGAGGACUUGGGCUUAGAUGACCUGGACUUUGAUAAACUGGUACAGGAGUUUAAUACGGAAUUGAAUCUCAAUAUAAGCCAACUGUCCGUCGAUGAAGGACUGGGCGACACGUGUUCGACACUCACCGCUAACUCCAGCUCUACUGCCGCCGACAAAAACCGGAAGUCCGACCCAAACCCACCUAAAGUCGAGUCCAAGCCCACGAAACCCGACACAACAGAAACUACAACUCAAUGGAAACACCAGAACCGGGAGCUAAUCGACAGUUCCUGCAAAUAUACGGCCAGUUAUUUAGGCUCAACACUGGUCCGGGAGCUCCGGGGUAUUGACUCUACCCGUGCGUCCAUUCAAAAGCUCAAACUGUCGACUAAAGGGAUCGCAAAAAUACCGCAAAUAGUUUUGUCCAUUAGUUAUACAGGCGUUCAGUUCAUUGAUGCUGAGACACAGGUUAUGGUAUGCGAGCACUCCAUACGGAAUAUACAGUGUAUUUGUCAGGACAGCGAAGAUUUGAAUCAUUUCGCGUAUAUAACCAAAGAGUUGGAGACUAAUAACCAUUACUGCCAUGUCUUCUCAUCUCAUAAUACGAUAAUUAAAAACGGUCAAAUGUCAUCAAAUGGUAAAUCACGCAAACCGGAUGACACGCAUACCAGUGCCACCACCACCACAACCACAACCAGUAGCACCGGUAGCUCAAUACCAGUGCCCACAGCAUCAGUCAUACCCGCGAAGUCGUCGUCGACGGCAACACCACCGACGACCCCAUCGACUGCCGGUGCGACACAAACACCAGUACUACCGGCCCCGCAGCCGAAGCCACAGUCCAAACCCAUACCGGCGUCCGGAAAGCCUUCGCCGCCAGUUAUAGCCAAACACCAGGGCUUACGGCCUACACCCUCACCAAAGCCGUCGACUAUACCAAAGUCGGUGCCAAUACACGCGGGAACGGGAGGGACGGGUAGUACGCCGGCCAUCACUCGACCCAAGCCGGUGCCGCCAUUCAAACCGCAAAUUUUGGCCAAACCUUCAAACAAAUGAUUAUUUCGUGAAUCAAAUGAAUACAUGAAACUAGAAAUACAAUGACUUUUACGACACAUUUAUCUCAUUAUAAGUCUUAACUGAAUAUCCGAUACAAACUAUACUAUAGUUUAAAAUGUUUUAAAAAGUUAUAAAAAGUGGG